GGACAGAGACACAGACUACAAUUCCCAUAAUGCCCAGCGAAACACCACAUCACUGCGCACGCGUGACGGCCUGAUGCUUCGGAUCUCCACUCUGCGCACCGCCUCUCUUUUUAUAUUUAUAAAAAAAACUAAUGGCUUACUUCAUAAAACGGAAGAAAAGUAAACGGUUGAAACGGGGAGCAUGGUGAGAAAAGAACUAAAAUCCAAACGGGACAGCCUUGAAAAAAAGGAAUAUCUCCGGCUGAAGAAUACCGAUAAACCUGAGCUCACAGAAUGGGAAGAGGAAUGUGAACUUCAACAGCAAAGGUUCUGGGUCAGACUCGGAUCGAUUGCACCGAUGGUUAGUGGACGCCCACAGCAUCCGUGAGGAUAGGAAUCGCGUCCCGAUGCGGCCACCGUACGAAUAACGACUCUGGCCGAGCCCCUUUUGUACACCAGCCAAUCAGGGCCCGGUAUCAGAUGCUCCGCGAAGCUGCGAUGGCGCCGGUGAAGCUUUGUAUCCCAGGAGAGAGACUGUGCAGUAUAGAGGACAGCACACCUGGGGAAGGCACGUAUUCCAGACACGGAUACAUUUUUGCGUCUUUAGCAGGAUAUGUGAUGAAGAGAAAUGAUAAUGGAAUGGUGCCCAUUAUAUCAGUGGUUCGGGACUCAGAGCCCCAGCUCCUACCAGAAGUUGGUGUUGUUGUAACGUGUAAGGUAACCAGUAUUAACCCACGAUUUGCUAAAGUUCACAUUUUAUAUGUACGAUCUACUCCGUUGAAAGGGGCUUUUAAAGGAACCAUCAGGCGAGAAGACAUACGAGCAACAGAAAAGGACAAGAUCGAGGUCUACAAAUGUUUCAGGCCUGGCGAUAUUGUUUUAGCAAAAGUGAUCUCCCUAGGUGACGCUCAAUCCAACUACCUGCUGACGACAGCAGAAAAUGAGCUCGGAGUGGUCGUCGCACACAGUGAAGCAGGUGCACAGAUGGUCCCCAUCAGCUGGUGUGAGAUGCAGUGCCCCAAAUCACACGGGAAAGAGUUCCGGAAAGUGGCUCGAGUGCAGCCAGAAUUCCUGCACACCUGAGACCAGUCACCAACGUCACACUUUAUUGCAGAGGAGUUUUCUAAUGACUGCUGUUUGUAUUCAGACGGCUUCAAAGGACAGAUGACUCCUGGAGCCCAAUGUAAGACUGCAGAACUUAGCCCAGCUCGAAAAUGAUGCCAGGACACAUACCAUCUUCUACUAUAUGGUAUCUUCUCAGGGUACUCAGUAAAGUUACAAAUCUUCUACUUUUUAAACAUUAAAUAAAUUAAUAUUUUUCUUUACGACAAAUCUUUAACUUUUUCAAAUGUGUCAUGUGCAAGUUACCUUUCACUAUCUACCUCUUACCAUGUUUUGGUACCAUGAUCUGCUGCAAAGUUUUGUCAGUGUCAAUGAGAGAGAAUACAGUCAAGGCACAUACUUUGUCAGCCAUUUGCUUGUCAUGAACCUGAGAACUGAAGCUUUACCUCCCUUGCUGUUGACUGUAAAACAUUUCAGGAUAUUUUGUGAAUACAGUACCAAGCUGGGGAAUUGUUUGGGUGCUUUAAACUUUUCAUCUGUUUUCCUUCAAAUCUAAUCCAAAAUACAUAUGCAACAGUGCAUUCUAUGAUCACAAAUUCCAUAACUUACAAACUCACUUUCAAGGACUCAUGUUCUUGGUAUUAUUUAUUUAUGUAUGCACAUAUUUGUCUUUUACACAUUGGUUGUCUAUCACUCUUUGUUUAGUUUUCAUAAAUUGUAUUUCUUUACUUUUUCCUGUAAGUGCAUGCAAGAAAAUGAAUCUCAAGGUAGUAACCUAUGCUUGCUUUGAUAAUAAAUUUACUUUGAAUUUGAUGAGGGAGCAGAGCUUCUAAUGAGCAAGCCGUUAACAGAUUCAUCGUGUGCAUUUGAGAGGUUCAGUUGUCUAGUACAUUAAAUUGGUAAAUGGGUUUCUUUUUGUCAUAUGUACUGAGGUACAGUGAACAUCUUGUCUUGCAUACUCUUUAUACAAAUCAAACCAUCAAACCAUUACAACAGCUGAGAAGUUGCAGAUGGAGUUCAAUCCAGAUAAGUGUAAGGUGGUUUAUUUUGGAGGUCAAAUAUGAUGACAGUAUAGUAUUAAUGGUAAGACUCUUGGCAGUGUGGAGAAUCAGAGGGAUCUUAGGGUCCGAGUCCAUAGGACACUUAAAGCUGCUGCGCAGGUUGACUCUGUGGUUAAGAAAGUAUUCCUUCAUCAAUCAUGGGAUUGAGUUUAGGAGCCGAGAGGUCAUGUUGCAGCUAUGGGACCCUGGUCAGACCCCACUUGGAGAACUGUGCUCAGUUCCGGUCAUUUCACUAUAGGAAGUAUGUGGAAACCAUAGAAAGGAUGCAAAGGAGAUUUACAAGGAUGUUGCUUGGAUUGGGGAGCAUGCCUUAUGAGAAUAGGUUGAGUGAACUCGGCAUUUUUUUCUUUGAGCAACUGAGGAUGAGAGGUGACCUGAUAAGUUGAUGAGAGGCAUUGAUCGUGUGGAAUCUCAGGGGCUUUUUCCCGGGGCUGAAAUGGUUAACACAAAAGGGCACAGUUUUAAGGUGUUUGGAAGUAGGUACAGAGGGGAUGUCAGGGCUAAGUUGUUGUUGUUUACGCAGAGAGUGGUGAGUGUGUGGAAUGGGCUGCCGGCAACGGUGGUGGAGGUGGAUACAAUAGGGUCUUUUAAAAGACUGCUGGACAGGUAAACAGAGCUCAGAAAAAUAGAGGGCUAUGGGUAACCCUAAGUAAUUUCUCAGGUAAGGACAUGUUUGGCACAGCCUUGUGGGCCGAAGGGCCUGUAUUGUGCUAUAGGUUUUUUAUGUUUCUCACAGUGCACUAAGGCAGAAGAAUGUAAAACAAUAACUGAGUGCAGUUAAAGUUACGGAGAAGGUGCUGUGCAGGAAGACAUAAUACAAGGACACAAUGAGAUUUGUGAGGUCAGGUUUCCAUUGUAUAUAAGGAAAACAACAGAAGGAUAGAAGCUGUCCUUGACAAUGCCAGCAUGUGGUUUCAGGCUUCUGUAUCUUCUGCCUGAUGGGAGGGGAGAGAAGAGAAUGUCUAGCAUAGGUGGUGUCUUUAAGUUGGCCGCUAUACUGAGGCAGCAGGAUGUUGAGGACCCGUGACUCCGCCUUCAGAGCAGGUGACAAAGCAGCCCGAACAACAGCAAGCGCCAAACUGUCCCGAGCCAUCAGAGGGGCAAAGUGUGCACACGCCCAGCAAAUCCAUAGCCACUUCCAGGACAUCAGCGACACACAGCCCAUGUGGAAGGGCAUCCAGGACAUCACCAAUUACGGGACAACAUCACCUGACUGUGUGGGUGAUGCCUCCCUCCCAGAUGCGCUGAGACACUCGUUGUGAGGCGGGAAAAUGAUGUGGUGGUGAGGAGGUCCACCCCUCCUACAAAUGACCAGGUGCUGUGUCUCACUGUGGCUGAUGUGAGAAGAACCCUGUGCAGGGUCAACCCAUGGAAGGCUGCUGGACCAGACACAUUCCUGGUAGAGUGCUCAGAGGAGUGCACAGAGAUGUUCUCACUGACAUCUUCAACAUCUCCCUGAGCAAUGCCACCGUUCCAACGUGCUUCAAGGCCGCACCAUCAUCCCCGUGCCAAGGAAGUCUUCAAACUGAUUGGAAAGCUGAGCCUACUGGUCCUGAACACCUUCCUCUGCAACUGGAUCCUAGACUUCCUGACUAGCAGACCUCAGUCAGUCCAGAUUGGGAGCAGCGCCUCCAACACGAUCACACUGAGCACGGGGACCCCAGGGCUGUGUGCUCAGUCCACUGCUGUUCACUCUGUUGACCCACGACUGUGCUGCAACACACAGCUCGAAUCACAUCAUCAAGUUCGCCGAUGACACGAUUGUGGUGGGUCUCAUCAGCAAGAACAAUGAGUCAGCUUACAGAGAGAAGGUGUAGCAGCUAACGGACUGGUGCAGAGCCAACAACCUGUCUCUGAAUGUGAACAAAACAAAAGAGAUGGUUGUUGACUUCAGGAGGGCAUGGAGCGACCACUCCCUGCUGAACAUCGACAGCUCCUUGGUAGAGAUCAUUAAGAGCACAAAAUUUCUUGGUGUUCACCUGGCAGAGAAUCUCACCUGGUCCCUCAACACCUGCUCCAUAGCAAAGAAAGCCCAGCAACAUCUCUCUGCGAAGUCUGAGGAAAGUCCAUCUCCCACCCCCCAUUCUCAUCACCCAAUUUUAUUAUCAAAGUGUCUAUAUAUGUCACCAUAUACACACCUGAGAUUGUGGGCAUACUCAUUAAAUCUAUAACAGAAUCAGUGAAAGACUGCUCAAUCUGGGCGUACAACCAGAGUGCAGAAGACAUCAAACUCUGCAGAAACGAAAAUGAAAGAAAUGACAAUAAUAAUAAAUGAAUAAGCAAUAAAUAUCGAGAACAUGAGAUGAAGAGCCCUUGAAAGUGAGUCCAUUGGUUGUGGGAACGUUUCAAUGAUGGGGUGGGUGAGGUUAUCCCCACUGGUUUAGGAGCCUGAUGGUUGAGGGAUGAUAACUGUUCCUGAACCCGGUGCUAUGUGUCCUGAGGCCCCUGUACCUUCUACCUAAUGGCAGCCAUGAGAAAAGAGUUUCAUUAGUGACAUGGGUGUAAUUGGGUGGCACAGCCUCAUUGAGCCAGAAGGGCUUUUUACCAUGCUGUAUCCCAAAAAAAUUUUUUUAAAAUGUCCCUUUUUUUUCCUGUUGAAUUUCAUCCUCAUCACAUUCUACAGGGGUUGUAUUGAGAGCAUCCUGAGCAGCUGCAUCACUGCCUGGUUUGGAAAUUGCACCAUCUUGGAUCGCAAGACCUUGCAGCAGAUAGUGAGGUCAGCUGAGAAGAUCAUCGGGGUCUCUCUUCCCGCCAUCAUGGACAUUUACACUACAUGCUGCAUCUGCAAAGCAAACAGCAUUAUGAAGGACUCCACGCACCCCUCAUACAAACUCUUCUCCCUCCUGCCGUCUGGGAAAAGGCACCAAAGUAUUCAGGCUCUCACGACCAGACUGUUAACAGUUUCAUCCCCCAAGCUAUCAGACUCCUCAAUACCCAGAGCCUGGACUGACCUUACUGUCCUAUUGUCCUGUUUAUUAUUUAUUGUAAUGCCUGCACUGUUUGUACACCUUAUGCAGUCCUGGGUAGGUCUGGAGUCUAGUGCAGUUUUUUUUCCUGUGUUUUUUUGUGUAGUUCAGUCUAAUUUUUGUACUGAGUCAUGUAACACCAUGGUCCUGAAAAAAUGUUGUCUCAUUUUUACUAUGUACUGUACCAACAGUUGUGGUUGAAAUGACAAUAAAACUGACUUGACUUGAUGUGUA